AUGGCGGGUGCUGGUGGGGUUAUUCCGUAUGAAGAGGGGAUGGAGGAGAUGCCCCGUCCUCUACUACCCUUCCUGCCUCCUUCCUCGCGCGUAGUGCAGAUGCUGGAGUGGGAAGCGAGAGCGCGCGCGUGGCUCUGCUCUCUCGCCGGGUGCAGGUGCCCUUCGGAGGCGGAGACUGAGGCGUGGUUCGAUUCUGAGCGGCCGCCCCUGCCGGAGGACCUGGGGUUGCUUACCCCGGCGGAGCUCCACCAGCGGAUCAUCGGUAUGCAUAGUACACUGUUCCCCGGAACGAGCCAGGGGCCUCCGUCCCCUCCGUCCCCCCCACGGCCGCAGCGAUCCCAAGGUGUUCCCGAGUCCGCAGGGGACGACGCUGACAGAAUGGACGGAUCACGGGGGAGGUUCCGGCGGGCCAAGCACUGGAGCCCUGUGUACUCGUGGCUUGAGUCGCUGGACACGAAGGAAGUGGUGAGCGGCAAAGAUGUCAAGGAUUGGUUCCUGGCGAAUCCGGAUAUCGCAGAAAACUUGUCUCGGAACUCGCGGUACCAUUUACUGCACUACAUACAGCGAGUGCACAUGAAGAUAUUGAGGAGGAAGGGAAAAGUUCAGAAGGUGUAAUUCUUCUACAUCUUCUUCCUCGUCAUCCCUCAUUUGCUUCUUAUAUCUCCGCUGUGGAUGAAAUGACGAUAUCAUUCACAGUGAGAAGAUGAAUUGGGGAUUACUACGCAAUUACACCCAAAACUAUUCUAAAAAAAAUCACCAAGUAAAGUUUCAUUGAAAGAUUUCCAUCAUUCAUUAUUUUUAGAACAUGGUGGAAAUAGCUUCACCACACGAGGCCAAAAGUUGCUAGAAAUAGACGAGAAGAGAGAAAGUUCGAUUAUUUUUUUUCAUUCUCUGAUAAGGACAUUCAAUGGGUAUAUGGCUUAUGUUCUUUUCAUGGACUUCAGGAUAGGCUUCUGAAACUUCUUAUUUCUUAGCUUAUAGUGGACCCCAGGGACCUUAUAUCUACACAACCCAUCUUGGAAACCAAAAAUUAACUUUACCGUGGACAAAUUUACCUUGUCUGGUAUUCUUUAUUGUUCGAUUGUAAUGCCGUCUUUCACAGGACGAGUUUCUUUUUAUGCUAUCGUUUAUAAUUAUGUAGGGGGAGAUGGAUCAGUUGGUGAUUGAGUGCCCCACAUAACUUUGUGCAUAUUACAUAUUUUGUCAUUUUUCUAUGAUAAUAGACGUGAAUAAUGAAAUUCUGAGAAUAUGAAUAAUAGAAAUCAGAAUGAAAUGUACAUCCUCUACCUUGUACAUAAAUGAUAAGACAGAUAAAGCUCCCAUUUGAAUUAUUUGCACUGACAUUUGAAUCUGACGCAAGUCGUGCUGUUGUUGUUUCUCUCUUUUACUAACUUCCUCUAAUACAUCGUUAGCACAUAGGAUUUUUUUUAUCAUAUAUAGUUCCUUUUUUAUUUUAGAGAGGCUAAUAUGUAGAUCCUUUUGUAUUUUUUGAUCAUAUGUUUACAUUUCCUACUGUGAAUCUACACCUAUUCACUUUUGGGCUAGAUGCUGAGAGUCUUCAAUGAUUUCAUGUUGAAUAAAAUUUUGUGAGUAAAGAAAUUAUUGGACUCUUGCCACUAAAUGACUCAUUCGGAAGAAAGGUAUUUAGAAAGUUAAUAAAUGAAAUACAAAAACUAAAUCCAUAAAUCAUCCCAGUUUUAUUGCAUUUUUCAUACAUUUUUUUGAAAUAAGAAAUGAAUUCCGAGCCCUCUUUCUGGAAACAGGAUUCGCAAAUAGGCAAAACGAGGACAGCAAUGAAUAUUUACAGUGAUGGGUCGCCAGAAAGAGCCCUAAUUUCAUGUAUGUCUUCCCAUAUCCAGUGAAAAAAUGUUCAUUACGUUUCAGAUAGGCAAAAGUUUCUUUCUCUUAUCAGGUUGUUAUGCUUUACUGAAAUCUUUUUUGGCAGUAUGUUGCGCAGUUCACAUUAAUGUAAAUCAGCUGAGUGGGGAAACUUGCGGAUAAUCUUUUUGUUUUUUGUUUCAUUAUCCUGUGAACUUGUAAAGAUGUGCAUUGAAAAGUGACUCCGAUAUGAGUAGGUACUUUUAGCCAAAGCAGAUUUGAGGUCAUGCGCACGGCAUUUGCGAAAUACAUUGCAUUGUCUCGUGCAUAUUUCAUAUACCACAGUGUCCGGCCAAGGGUUUGACCAAGUUCUUCUGGAUUUCCAUCAAAUACCUGUUAUUCAACAUUUCGUAGUUGUAUCUAGCCCUGCCUGGGGAUAAUAAUGGGUGUGGGCCUAAAUUUUUGGUAUUUUUUGCGAAAAGGAAGAAGAAAAUGAAGAAAAUAUUCUUACAUUGGUGCGAAUAUUGGACCUUCAUUUGCACAAUUAUUUUUAGUUCAUUUAUUAAUCUUUAUUAUCUAAGAUUCCAAUUAUGCCAUUUUUCAUUUAUAUUCCAUAACCUUUGUCCGAAUUGUUUAUUCCUCCUCUGUUUUGGGGAUUUAUUAACGUUAUGUCACCGUCAGAAGGAGCACACUAAAAUAAAAUAAACAUUUAGCACCAUGUACUACUUUAUUAACUAACAGGACAUUCUGUGGAUGUGCAAAUGGAGAAUGACAUUGCGACCUUCUCUUCCUCAUUGACAUUAUCACCAACUUCAUACAACGGAUAUCUGGUUGAUCGUGAUUUGAAACGAGAACAAGGGAUAAGGGAAGAAAAGUUGGGGGGGACCAGCAGUGGAAGGAGAAGAUAAUUAAUGCGUGAAUUAACAUAGAGGAGGGAGAGAAGAGCGAGAGAGAGAGAUAGAAUAAAAUAAGUGGAGAAAUUAGAGGGAGGAACAAAAAAGUGGGAUAUGAGUGGAAAACUAUUGGGUGAGAAGAAGGAACAUAUGAGUUGCAUGACACUAUAAAAAGUGGUAGUGAGAGCAACCUGAUAGAAAAUGAAAAAGAGAAACGUGGAGUUAUCUUUCUUCAUUCUUGCAGAUUCAGUGACUCCAGCUAAAAAUAGUGCAGAUCCUGGCUGACGAAGUCACUUAAAUCUCGUGUUGACCCUUGCAGGGUCACACACACACUGUAUGCUGUGGGGAGUUUCUGGCGCCCAUGUCUUUUUAUAGCUCAUCUUUUUGGUGUAGUGUCAAGUUUUAGAUAUCGUCUGUUAGCAGUGUCUUGAAUCUCUCUCUGAAAAUGUUUCUAAGCCAGUUGGUCAACGUUUUUGUUCAAUGUUUUGAUAAGCAAUUGUGUCACAGGACAAUCUUGUACGUGUGAGGUCUGAAUGUUUUUGAUGUCCUUCAGACGAGCCUUAUUAAGAUUUGUCUUUUUAAGAGAAGAUGUUUAAGUUCUUUUUACUGGUUGGUUCGCUUUUGUUUUAAAGUUAUUCAUUUUUUUAGGCCAAGAUUCAAGACAAAUACCAGAGGGCAAGGAUCUAAGAUUAUUUAGAAAAGAUGAAGCCUUUCGAAGAUAUGAACUGUAAGUUGAGAAAAACAUACGAAAAUCUUUUCAGGAUUCGUCUUCCAUGCUCAUUUAUCAGUUUUUAGUUUGACUGAGUUGCAGAAUCAACUUGAAAUUCUUCUUUCAAAGGGCAGUCGUGUGAUCGACCGCAUACAAUCUCGUUCCCCUGCUUUUGCUACACAGAGAUCUGUAGAAAAUGUUAGCUCUUCAGUUGGUGAUCUAGAAACGGAGAAUAAAGGGGCCAUAAGCAUUGGGGAACCUCAUUUUCAUAAUGCAGAGAACUUUCUCGUUGCUGGGCGGUCAGAGUUGAAUGCUGGGCCAAAAAGAAAGAGGACUAAAGCUGUCUUCACCCCAGCGUGGUCAUAUUGUGAAGUACCUUCUGGUAGCUUUAUCUCCCCUGUUGAAGUAUAAUAAAGUCAUUUAAUUCCAUUUUUCUGUGUUUAUGAUCGCCUAUUGAUUUCCAAUUUAUUUGACUCCGAGGAUAUCUCAAGAACCAGAAUUUUUGUGGACACUUUUUGAAAGAUUUUUUUCUUGUUUUUGAAGCAACUUACUUAAUUUAAUUACAUCGAGCUAGAAAUAAAGAUUUGGUCAAACAACAAAAAAAAUCUUCAUCUUGUUCUCAAGGUGAAGAAUUUUUUGUUUCUGGUCGUGAGAAGCAUUUCACCAGAUAAUGUACAGAAGCAAUGAUCUGCUAGAUGUCAAACUGAAUAGGUAAACUAUGUGGAUUCUUCGUUGGUCGGGAGCUGAUAUUAAGCCAUAUUGUAUAAAAUACCCUUAUAAUGUUUUGUUUGAAGAAAAUUAAGCCAAACUCUGUGCUAUUUGAGAACGGGGAACCUAAGGAAAAUCAUUAUAAGACUAAAAAAUAAUGAAAUACAGGAGGUAGAAAGGAACAGUGUGGUUUGAACUAAAUAGUGAAAGAAAUGAACCAAGGGGUACUGGGAUUGGAGUGAGGCUUGUGUUAGGUGAAUUAGACAGAAGAGUUUUGGGAGAAUUAAAACAAUUUGACGAGUUGUAAAUGGAACAGAAAUGAGAUUUAGUAAAAUAGAUUUUUUUUUGAAUUAGUAGAAACGGAGGAAACAUAUGAUACACUGAGAAUCAAAAGAGCAAGGAAGGAAAAACGGAGCUCAGUAGAGGCCAAAGUUUAGAGAAAUAAAAGGGCAAAGAGUGAAAGUGGAGGGAAGAUUCGUAGAAUGUGGAGAGAGGGAUAUCAGAAAAUUAGAGAAAAAAACAGAUGGUAUAGCUGACACUUAGAGACAUCUUGAGUUGGGAUUAGGAGAAUUGAUGCUGAAUAGAUUCAGAGGAAACUGGAGAAGCAUCGAAGGUGUAGCCCAGAGGGUUCCAAUGCAUCAAACGAGGAAGUGUCAAAUAGUGUUGUCUAGGCUGCCUAUAAGGUCGAUAUGCGUUUCUUUUUUCUUGGGUUAGUAACUGCUUCCUUUCUGUCAGAGAAAUAUUAAUUGUUAGAGAAUUUAUUGUCAUAUAAUAUUGUUUAAUAUAUCUGCAGUUAUUUUUUGUCUAUCUAAAGAGGCACACACUGUAUUAAUUCAAUCCUUCUCUCGCAUUGUGGAUUCGAGGAAUCCUUUGUCGUUCAAUGGGCCCUUUUUUAUGCUUGUGGAUUCAAAGAUCUCUCUCAUCAAUCUUUGUGGAUUUAAAGAUUCUAGAAUUCGUUCACUAAGGAUUCAAGGUCCGACUUUCUCUCCAGCUUUUGCUACAUAAGUGGAUAAAACCCUAAGUAUGACAAAAGAGAAAUCAUCUAUAAUUGUCGCUCAAAACACACUUUGCUGCUUGCCUGUUUUAGUUUUUCUUAAGGCUGCUGGAUUUACCCUGCUUGUCGUUUGUCAUUUUAUUCAAGUUGAUGGUAGGAAUAUAAAGUUACUGUUCUUCUUAAUUGAAGUUUGCAUUAGGGCAUAAAAGUAGAAAUAUUGGAUGCACUCUUCAGUGUUCACACCUGCAUUUUCUCUGGAAUCCUGGAAUAAUCUUGCUUACCUUUUAGAUCUUUUGUGGAAUGAUUUGUUUUUAUUUAAUCUUUCUGUAAGGUAUGACCUUUUGAUUAAACUUUCUAAUCUCCGUUAGAGUUUUUUUUUUGUUUAUUGGAAAAUCAUACAACUUUUAAUGCUGGAUGUGCGCCUCAUUUGGUGUUGCUCUUUCUAUUGCCACCUUUAGUAUGCUUUUGAUUACGAAGUAAUGCUCCAAGGUUGAGUGAUCUUUUGAGCUUAAAUCCUGGAAACAACUAAACAAUACUUUCUGAAUGAGGCAUAAAGUCAGAUUCAUGUUGGCCAUUAUCCACAGGAAAGUCUGCAACAACGUCAACAAAAAACAUCACCAGGUGCUUGCAAGGGCGGGAAUGGGGUUCCAGCUGGGUAGCUUGCUGUAAUGGUGCCUACGCUGGAAGGAAUAAGGAAAAGUGGAUUCCAUUCUUUGAAGGCACGUCUUCUUUCUCUUUCUGCUGAAUUUUUUGCAUUAAUGUUUAAUUUUCUGUGUCUUUCUAGUACAAGAGUUUUGCUGCAGUAGCAGAAAGUGUGUUAAGGUUUUAAAUUUCAACCAUGCUUUAUUUAUUUGAUAACAGGUUGGAAUUCUCUUGGGAGGCAAUUUGAAGGGCCUUCUGUGCUGUUUGAACGAAGAAGUUAUUCCUCAUGGGUUCCCACUUGGUGUGCGUACACAUCAAGUGCUGCUGUUGCUCAGCCUUUUGGGAGAACAGAUGUAUGUAGUUGUAUGUAUGAAUGAGAUUUUCCUGAUCCUAGCCUUUAAUUCCAUGUCGGUUGAUAUCCACUGCACUGGAAACGGGUAUCACGAUGUCGUGGAUUUACAAGCUUGCAUUGUAUGCAUUUCUGUAUGGCUUCAUUUUAGACCCUAGUUAAAUGCAUGACUGAUGACCAAAUAGCAUUCUAUUUUUGUAGAUAAUUCAGUAGCCCUUGUACUUUCCCUUUGAAUACCAUCUCGCCCGUGGAUGGUACAAGUUGAAACGUGAAACGUGUAAAUCAUCCAUGAUAUUUUUGUCCAGUGAUGCCAUUUAUUGUGUUGUGGAUGUGGAGGUCCUAAUAUGUUCCAACCGUACAGGUGGUUUGCUGUCUGAUAUGUGGCAGGACCAUUUUUUUCUUUACUUUGAUGUCAAUAAUGACUUCUUUAUCAGCCUAUGUCUUGAUCUGCUAGGCUCAUGAUAAUGUCAUAGUUGGUUGUCCAUUUUUCUAAUACUUUUUAAAUUUAAUACAGUUGAAAUUUAAUGGGUGCAAAAUUCAGUUACUAAAGACAGUUGUCUUUUGAAGGAUUUCACUAGGGCAAUGAGUAAAAUCCUCAAUGCUAGGAAAUGACCAAUGUUUUUCCCAAAGUCUUGGAUUAGGUCAUAAAGCCAUGCCAGGGAUAGAAUGCUAUUAUUUUUUCUUCUAUUUUCUAUGAUGAAUGAAAUCCGAGCAUUUUUGCACUGCAUGAUAAAUUUUGUUAUCUUAUUUGAUAAUAUGUUUUUGUUUUCAUGAUUCACAGCAAAGUGUACAGAAGGUUCUAGAUGUGAGAUUUCAUCCCGAAGGACUCGCUCAACUCGUAUGUAGCUCGAAUGAGGUAAAUUCCUUCGUUGUAUCUGUCUGCAGCUACUCUUUAUUAUUAUUUUCCUUUGCCACUGGACUAUUGGACAUUAGGACUAGGCAAACUGUCUAGGUGGUGCUCUUGGAGCCAUCUAGGUGUUAGGCAUGUACAUUGGGCUGUCUGGGCAGCUGUAGCAUAUAAUUUCGCUCAUGGUUGUGCCAACUGGCAGACAAUGUCAACGAACCAUCGUGUUAUGAGUUUGGUAUGACAGCAAGUAAACAGUAGAUGCUCACGUGUUUGCCCUAAUGUGUAAUGUAUAGUUGUGACCAUUGUGGCAUGUGAUUGCUAAAGAUGGAGAAACGAAGCUUUCGGCAAAAUUAAUGCAAUUUUUUUGCCAUAAUGGUGAUUGCUUAAUGCGCUGGCAUUGAAUGAAACGAAUCCUUUGCCAUAAUUAAUACUUCACUUAGCACGCUGGAAUUGAAUGAAAUUCAGAAUGCCAUUAACGUAGUUGAGCAAUUUUGUCAUUACUCUUACGAUUAUAGUUUUAUUUUCUGUUUUUGUUUAUCUAAUAUUAUUUAUUAGAGUAUACUCUAUUGAAAUUAAUAUUAUUUUUUUGUUUCUGUUUUCUUCUUUAUGUGUUCUGACAGCAUAUAUAUGCGUUGAUUUGCAACUAUUAUUUUAUGAAAACAUGUUCUAGUUCAAAAUGUAUAAGAUUAUAUUAAUGAUGCUAUAAGAUUGUUGUUUUCCUAUGACUACAAGCAUAUUACGUUACAUUUAAGAAUGUUUUUAAGUUUUUUUAUGAAUGAAUAUUUUACUUAUUUUUAAUUUAACUUAGUGCGGAUAAUUUGAGUAGUUGAUGGGUUUUAUUGAGUGCAAAUAUUUAUUUGUAUGCAAAAAUAUUAUUCUGUGGACACAUGUAUGUACUCUACGUUGUUUGCCAGUGAUUGGAUCAUUAGUUCAUAUUUUACAAUAAAUUUCCAAUUAUGUAAGACCAGGCAUGGUCAUCUCACCUUAUCUCUAAUUUUUGAGACUGUAAUCCUCUACUUGUUUUAAAAACCUUGACAGAUGCCAACCUUUUUAACCAUUUCUUGUUUUAUUAAAGAAAGGUUCGGUUAACACGACCUCUAAUAUCUUUUCUUUGGAACAAGUAUUGCUUUGUCGAAUCACGUUUGGAUCAUGUUCUUUGAUAGGAGCAUUAUGCACCUAAGUCCCCUCUGGGGGAUAAGGAGAUUCACAUACAUGCUUGGACGAAUAUAAGCACUCAAUUCGUCAAUGCAAGAUAGGCCCUCUUUCAUGGGAUAUUGGUCUCCUUCAACUCUUUUGGGGGAUUGUAAUUGGUAGAAUAUUGAAUUCCAAGUUCAAAGACCUGAUAUGAUAUGACGAUCCAUUUCAGUUCGAUCUUUAUUUGAUUGGUUUCCUUUGAUUUAUCUUGUUUUGUGUUUUGUCUUUCUUUGAUUUGGUUUGUUUUUGUCUUACUGCAGGCGCCAAAUGAGUUGCUUCUCUAUAAUCUUCUGUCUGGAAGGGCUAUCCAGCUCUCGGGUCAUAACUGCCAGGUAUCAUUUAGUUGAUUCUCUCUUAUAAAUUUUUGAUAUCCUUACUCCACUUCCCUGUUAUGUUUAACGUAACUCAGAUGUGUGUUUUUCUCUUCUUAAUUGCUACCUUACUUUCCAGAUGGUGUUUUUUCUGGCUCUUCCAGGCGCUUCCGAGUUAAUGAAAGUUUAUCAAGAGUUGUUUUGAAAAAGAAAAAGAAAAAGCGGGGGAGCCUGUAUUUGUGUCUUGAAGAUAUUUUUCAAUUUAUGAAAAUAAUAUAUGAAUGGAAAUUUUUAUCCAUGUCUCAGGGGUGAACUUUGUGAGGAACUGUAUAUAGAUACCUUUAUUCAGAAUGGACUGGCAAGUCAUAAAAAAUGCAGAUGGGUUGGAUGUUCUGGAUGCUGGGUUCUAUCGGAAUAUUAAGGCUUUACAGAAUUGUGUGACAAGAAUUAUGUUGAUUUAUCCUAUCAUCAACAACGUCAAUGCUGAUCUGGAUUUAGUAGCUUGUGUCUGGCUUUCUGGGAUAGCAUAUUAUCUGCUGGGAGUUUCAUUCUAUACUUUUUUUAGCUGUGGUCGAUUAAUCACCUUUGCAUAUGAGAAAUACUUAGGGAUAGCCGUAAAAAUUUUUGUACUCGUCCUUAAAUCCCAAAUAAAUGUGGUUGGGACAAGAACGUCUUCUCUUUUCCACUUUGAAACCUUCAGAAAAUUGAUGAACAUUUCCUGUGUGGGGGAGCAUGCCUCCCUUCCUUUUGCAUUGAAAUUGUUGCAAAGGCUUUUAUUAUUGUUCGUCCUUGUUGGUUGGACAGAUUCAAGCUGUUGAAUUUGCUGUUAGAGGUGCAAGCAUUGUUUCAUGCGGUGGCAACUUAAUGAAGGUACUUAUAUGGCUUAGUCUGGAUUAUGUUUUGUUAAAAAUAUUCCAUAUCUAGGAAUUGAUACUCACUUGAGACAUGUCGAAUGACAUCAUAUUCAUCAUAGUGAAAUCGUUUUAUGGCGGCAAUUUUUUUUAUGUAGUCAUCAUACUUACCCAAUCUCUCCACAUAUGCAAAGUCAUCAGCAUUGUCGCAGGGUUUGACAGAAAUAGAGUGGCCUUUAUGAGCAUAAUCCAAUUGUCAAAUCUUGAAGCAAUACAAUAAACUUUAUGAGCAUAAUCUUUUUCUCUUCUAGUUUUCUUUUUUUUUUUUUAGUGGGAUAAUUUUGCAUUUAAUCAAUACAACUUAGUAUGCUUUUUACUUCUUUUUUAUUUUCAUUUUUUUAAAUAGGUUUGGGAUGCGACAACAGGCUCUUGCCUUUUUACUCUAGGGCCUGUCAGUGAUGGCCGAGCAUCAGUUGGACAUACGAAGAAAAUCAGUGCAAUGACAGUCAAUGACUACCAAUCCUGUAAGUCAUGUAUAUCAACAUGUCAAAGCCAUCUAAGAAAUGUAUUACUUUUACAUAUAGUGAUGUUUCUAUAGGAUCAUUAAAAUUAUUAUUACAUUUAGAAAAAAAAACCGGUGAGUUACAUUUUGUUUUGCCUUUUCUUUAUUAAACUCUGCGGACAGUGGUUUUAGGGAAAAAUAUAAACAUGGAUGGUCUAUGAAAUGAAUGUAAAUUAUGAUAUAAUUCAAUCACCAAGCAGCUCAACCACCAUACAGCUUUGCUGGCCCAUGAUUCCAGACGAUGAUUGAAUUAAGUUAAUUCUAUGAAUUCUAUCAACUGAAGCAUAAAUAAGCCGAAGCUAGUUUUUAGUUAGACCAAGUUUCAAGGUUAAAACACAAAUGAUUUUAAAUUUAUUUCUACAAGUUUCAAGCUAAUUGACCAGUUAGCAUUUUUUUAUAUAGCUUUUUUACUAAAACAAGUUUUUUUCUUUUAUAUCUUUGAAGCAUCCUCUUAGAUUUGGCUACGUUGAUGUGUUUUCCCUUGUCACGCUGGUAGAAUAAAAAUAAAUUAAUGACAUGGAUUGCUAUAUAUUUGAUGGUUUUUUCUUCCUUUUCAUAUUGGACUACUAUUUUUUCAGGUCUUGUAGUGACCAGCGGUGGGCUUGGGGAUGGAAAGCUCCUCUUGUGGAAUGCCUUGACAGGGGAGCUUACUGCGGACUUGAAUGGGAGCCUAAGGUAUUAGCAUUAGUGUUCUUAAAACACUUUUCUUCCUUCGUAAACUUAAUUUUCGAACGGGUUCUGGAUAGAUUAUGUAUUUUUUUAGACUCUUAUUUUCCAAAUUUUGGAGGAACCAUGUCAAAUUAUGAUUUUGCUGAUUGUUAUAUACCUCUCUCUAGGCAUAAAAGUAAGGCCUCUCCAUCCAUUGAGGCCAUGGAAUUCUGUAGCCAGAACUUACUGGUUUGUGGAAGUGAUUCUUCACAUGGUGGUCCUGCUGUUGUGCAACUGUGGGACAUUGAAUCUCCUCAGUCUUAUUUAUCAAUCCCUGCAAAUGAUUCUGUAAGUUUAUUUCUCGGGGCUCUGAGAAACACCAUCAUUUCAAUCUAACUGCUGACAAUUUUUCUUUUCAGUACAUCACGUCCCUGAAAACAAACUCUGACUGCAACACUGUGAUCACUGGUGGGAUCAUCUCACAUUUUUAAUGUACAAACAGAUAGUGUCUGUCAUGUCUUCGUUAUAAUUUUAGCAUUUGAUUUUUAUUAUUAUUAUAUUGGAGAAAGGUGCUGGAGAUGGGGCUGUUGACUUAUAUGAUAUCAGAACAUGUGGUGUCAUUUCUCAUCUUUCAGUGGGGUCUAGCUAUGAGGUAUGAAUAUCGAUACUGAAAGGCUCUGCAUUUCAAAACCAUACUGUUUGUACUCCUUUGUUUAGCGUUUUACUGGAACAUGUCCUUUUGUACAGGUUACCUCUGUUUCAUUUAGCAAGUGCGGCACCUACUUUCAUGCUUCAAGCACAUCAAAUAGUACAAUGGUGUGGGAUACACGGCUUAUGCCAAUGAAUCGUGGGCAUAGCAAUGAUGAGCACUCUUUUUCCAUCAAUAACUUCACUUCUACUAGGCCUUUACACUGUUUGAGCCAUGGGAAGCAGAUGCCGACUGCAGAACAUGCAGGCCAGCUUCCAGGGUUAGUUCCUCGUAACUAGUCUUGCUGCAUGCCAAAUACUCUCCAUAUACUUUUAAAUAAAUUUUUUUUUGGUCUAUAGUAAGACAAUGCUAGGCUUUGCUUUGCAUUUCUUCGUGGUUCAUGAGGGAAGUUUUUGGACCUAUCUGUAUAAAUAGUUCCAUUUCAGAAUAUCAAACCUAGAGAAGGCCCGUCUUGGAGACGGUUUAAUGUAGAACAAGUUGAAUGGUGGACAGGAACCUCCUGUAAGAAAUUCAGAAACAAUUUCCGAACUUCACAUUAUCCAAAAUGGCCUUGUUUUCGGUCGCAGUUUCUUUGUGAAGGUAUUCCACCAUUAAGAAAUACUUAGUUGGGAGUACAAAUUCUGUCUCAUUAUUUUGUUAUCUGUGUUCAUGGGAUGCUCCAUUUGCACAGAGGAAAAUAACCUCGCCUAAUUAUAUGGGCUCUUAGUGUCAUAGAACCUUUGGGGCUGGGGGGAGGGCGGGUUUUCUGCAAACGUUUGCGAUAGAACGGGAAAGUAAUAUGGAACGAGUGUUUCUUCAUGCUGGUCACCUGAAAAUGGGUACAGUUCCUCAACCAGGUGUACUGUUGUCCAGGAAAGAUGACAAGGGGAGUGGGAAAGGGUACAAGUUCUUUUGGCUUUAUGGGAAUUUUACAGAAGGAUGUAUGUCGUAUGAUGAACCAAUGCUGUGGUCACAUUCUUGAGGACAAUGUUUGCAUUUGCACACAUAGUAAUGUGUCGCAAGGGGAAGAGUCUACAAAGAUUACUAGACCAGAUUUUGUCAUUGGGAUAUGAGCGAGAAUGAAAGGCAAUUAGUGUAGGCAGUGAAGACUAUUGAAGUUCAAAAAACAUGUGGCCCCUCCGUAUUGAGCAAUUCUGAAAACAUAAAAACUAUGUCUUCGAAAAUAUCCUCUUCUGUUUAUUGUCUCACUUCAUUUUUAUUGGAUUAAACUUCAGACGGCAUAAUUUAUUUCUUUUUUCUCAAGCCAUGUAUUUCUCGGUUAACGCAUCGUUUAAUUACUCGUGUAAAGAGUACACCGUUGAGCUCAUUGAGAUGCUCUUCAGGCGUCACCUGUUGUGCCGCUCUACAUUUUAUGUCAUUAUUUCCUCCAUGGAUCACCCUUUUUCUCCCUUCCCUUCUCCCAUUUCAUUUUUCUCCCUUCCUCGAUGAUAUCAUGCUGUGUGACAUGGGCUUACAUUCCAUUGUACGUGAAGAAAGUUGCAUGUAGACAAGUUUUUAAACGUUUAAUCACCAAUCAUAUGCUAGAAAAUUUGUGCCAUCAAAGUGCGUUUUCCAGCUUGUUGUUUAACGAGGAAGAUGCAAAGUGACACAGUAAGAAGUAGAUGACUUUCGGGACUACUUUUGUCACCCUGGAUUACUCGAUCACAGUUUCUUACAGUGGGAAACGAUGCUGAUAUCCUGGAUGGGAAAUUAUCUCUAGGAUCACAACAUGGCUUAUUUUCUUGAAGCUCCGUUUUGGCCAUGGAUGUCGUCGGCCAACUCAAUAUCUUAUUCAGAGCCUGAAAGUGAAAAGUAUUGCACCAAAUCAUAGAAACUUUGGUGUGACUUAACCAAAGCAUGGCCAAGGGCUUUAGGACCAAAGGUUGGCCGUCCUUGAGUAGAGGUUUGCCUCAGAAACUACGAAAACCAUGCCCAUCCAAAUCACAACUAUGAAGAAGACGAUGAUCCUGAUUAGAAUAGCACAAAAACUUUGUUUUAGAUUGCAUAGCCUGCGGUUGUCUAAGCCUUCCUUUUGUCCAAACAAAACUCUGUUUCUUUGUUUUGUUCUCUUUCCAUAAAGUUUAAUCUUUUAAAACGUUUUUAUUGGUCAUUCCUGAAUGAUUUUCUCCCUUUUCCCAUUUUCAUAUUCUUUUAUGACCUGCAUACUUCGUUGCAGACAUGUUGAUGAGGGCGACCAAGGUGUAAAUGACGCUAAGUGGCUUCAGAGGGAAUCAGUUUUAGUCACUGUGAGCGGCGACGGCAGGUGUGCACAAACAGUUCUCUAUAGAUUACGCUGUGUUGAUGCCAAAUCCUCCUGACCUUUUGGUUUCCUUGCGUUUUACAGCAUCGCAAUGUGGGAUGUUGCCCUGGGCAAACCUUGCAUCAGACAUUUGAUAAGCCACACACGAUGCGUCAACACUGUAUGAUGCCCAUCCUAUCCAUCUAUUUUGUGAAAGCUUUGGUUCUCUACCUCCUUCAGAUCAAGAACAUUAACAAGGUUGCACAAAUGGCAGGUGGCAGUGGCACCAAACGACGAGUACAUUUCCACCGGGGGGGAUGACCAGAAAGUUGUAAGCUUCCUCGUCUUCUCCAUGGAUUGGCAUGGAUCUUAUGCCUUGAAAGGCCCCACUGGGUGAUUCCAACCCGGAUCAUUGCAGUGACCCAGAGAGCAUUUUCAGCUGCCCAAGCCUGCCUCUUGAUCUGCUUCUCUUGGCAGGUGCUGUACCACAAUACAAAUGGACCGCCGCGUGCAAGAUGGCGCCUCUCUCACCCAUUAGCAGAAGCUGCGUAG